ACCAUCAUUCACUUUACACUCACCUUCCACUUAUCAUCACACUACCACAACUAUUACUUGUCUUCCAUCCAACUUAUCACCACCAGACCAUCAUAUAAAAUGGCAACUAUCAACCCCCCGACCCAAACCCUCACCACCACCUCCCCGGCCAGCAGCGCGACCAACUCCAACCCCGACUCCAACCCCCUCAAUCUAGCCGCCGCCGCCGCCGCCGCCAUGGCCGUCACAGCCACCACCACAGCCACCAACCCAUCUACCAAUUCCCAUUUCCAGCACGCAGCCGACUACCAGCAUCAGUCAGGCCCCUUCUCAUCAGCCACUAAUCUCCCCAGCCACCAAACAACAGACAACUACCCCCACCAGAUCACCGGCCCCGGCGGCCCUACCGCGACCGCCCCGUUCCUGCGCGAUUUCAGCCUGGUCGCUGAGGCCGCCAAGCGGGCGCAGAUGUCGGUCAUAAUGCGCGACCUGGAGAGUGUGACUCUAUAGACUCAUCUCAUCAAAGAAGGCGCAUGAAGUGGAGGAGGAGAAGAAUAUUGGGGGAUUUGCAUAUACGCGUACGCCUGAAGAUUGGUGUUGUAUUGGAACGGCACAUAUAAAGAAAGAAAGCACGAAAGAAAGAGUCUGGGAGCUUGGGGCUGGAACUCCCGACUCGCCGGCC